AAAACACAACGAGCACACGCUACUGCUAGGACCUAAAGGAGAAGAGGCAGCCUCUUAGCUCGGUAGCGAGGAGUAGUUGCGACGUCGUUGACCUAGACACCGCGCACGAACGGUCACCGCGUCGCCACCCCCAAACGCAUACGGCCGGACCUCGACGAAACCACGUCAUGGCCACACACUGGGCACGGCCACCGAGGGCGCCUCGGUCGCACGCCCAUGUGACUCGACGCUGAGCACGAUGAGGAAGAGGGAGUCGGUGGGCGCCGGAUGUCCAUGCGACGUCAACACGAAGAUCCCGGCGGCAGCCCGGGCGCCAUCGCAACGGAACCAGGCGCCGAAGAGCGGAUCCAUGCGCGCCACCGCGGAGGCCGCGCAAAUCCGGCGUCGUCAUGGCAACGUCCCCACACGCAGGCCAGAUCGCCACGAAUGGAGGGUGUCACCCUGCCAUGCCCAGGAUGACGUUGACGGUGUCACAGGCGGCGAGCACGAGGACUUGCAGGAGAUGGGGUGCUUUAGUUCCAAGCCAAAUGAUGCUGGUGCGAUCAGAAGAAGACCUGGGAGCAUAGGCGACGUGGCUGUGUUUAUACCUGGACUGCGCGUUCCUGAGAGUUUGGAGAUGUCUCAGCCGCUAGAUGAUGGCCUCCCGAGGAGGCUGACCGAACGUCUGGCUGCGUUGAGGAGUCGAAUAGUGGUCAUGGCUGCUCAUGAAGCACUAUCAGUGACUAGGCCCCGGAAGCGCACCUUCACACAGCAUGGAGGAUCUACAUCAGCUGAUCUUCUGCGGGCUUUGGAAGAGUACUUGCCAGUUCUUCUAGAACUGAUAAAAGAGGCAGGGAGCGACUUGGAAGAUAAGAUAGUUUUUUCAUGGAUGAACCAAGAGGAUGAUGCAGAGGAGACGGCAUUGCCCAGUGCUUGGUAUGAGGUGUUGUCGAUUCUGCACAUGAUGGCUAUGCUGCGUUUAUCUCAAGCAAACUCCCUGCUUCUUCCAAAGACAUCGCUCGAGGGAUACCAUGCUAAAGUAUCUGAAGAUAACAAACGAGCUUCUGUUGAAAUAUUUCUCAAGGCAUCUGGGUACUUGGAGUGUGCUAUUCAACAUGUUCUUCCAAGGCUAUCCCCAGAAAAUAGGAAAGGUCUUCCUGUCGACUUAGCUGAAGGAGUCCUGAAAGCAAUCUGCAUGCAAGCUCUGGGUCAAGCUAUUGAUGUCCAACUUGGGUUGGCAAUUGACAGCCCAAAGGCUACCUUGGCAGUGAAAAGGAGGUUAGCAUGUGAGAUAGUCAAGUGCUGGCAGCAGGCACAUGAAAGCAUGGCAGAUCUACCUCUAAUUGAUAGCUGGGGUGAGAAGCACAGGCUCUUUCUGAAGUGGAAGUACAUUGAAGCAAAGGCUGCAGCAUACUAUUACCAUGGGCUUAUCCUUGACGAAGGCAACACAGAGAAAUCCCAUAAGAUGGCCGUCGCAGCAUUGCAAUCUGCAGAGGAGUUCCUCAGGGAGAGCAAAGAUGUCUGUGAAACCUUCCAUGCAGCACCUCCUGUUUCAAGAAGCCCACCUGUAUGUGGAUCGAUGAAGUAUCUUCAUGAGAAGAUCCAGAAGGACUCAUCCAGCAAAGUUCGCAUCAACAAGGACCUCUACAGCAAUGACAGCAUCCAUGAGGCGGUGCCGGCGCUGCCGGAUUUCGCCGUGGCUCUGAAACCCGAGGAGUACCGGCUUCCUCUGACAGAAGACGCUGCAAAUGACUAGAACCUAUGGAUGGCUGUUGCAUCUGUGCAACGACCAUACCCUACUGCAACAGAAGUUGGAGCUGCUUCAACUUGACCAAGCAGAGCUGCCGUGUGACGGGCGAAGCUAUCAUAGCCCACCCGAGUGUAUUGACAUCAGAGAAAAAUAAUAAAAUCUCAGUUAUUAGCAAUUCAA